AUGACGAUGCCCGUGAUCCAUGACCAGCUUCACGAUCAGUCCUACGGUGAUCGAUUAAGUCUUCUCGCACACGUUGCUAAUCAGCCUCAAAAUCAAGAUCUCGCCACUCAUGCGUUCGAAUACCCGUUGAUCCCAAAUCAGUUUUACGAGGAACAGAGCCUAGGUACGUCGAGUAUGGUGUUCGAUUCGCAACCGCCACCAUAUGCUCUGACCGAGCUCGAUGAAGCACAAGUGCUGCACGAUGCACAGUUCUUACUGCAAUACUUCCGGGAUACCAUUGUCCCACAUUUUGGACCAGUGCCUAUGACCUCUAAAUCGCCUUGGGAAACGCUUAACUGGAGCAACGCUGUGCAGACCUAUGCUGAGUUGACGUGGCUUUGUAACCCAAAUGUCAGACACGCUAACAAAGCGAAUUUGUUCGUCCUCCUGGGUUGUUCUGCUCACAUGGUGGCAAGGGCGCCACCGUCAUCAGGCGAUUUGGACCCCAAGACAUCUAUGCAAAUCCUUGGGUAUGUCUCCAAACGAGCGAAACGACACAUGCAAGAGUCUUUGAGGUUAGAGACUUCUGGUGACGGGAAAGCAAAGUAUAAAGACCAACUAAUGGCUAUCUUCAGCCUCAUAGCGCUUGCUACCGAAACUGGCAAUGUAGUAGAUGUUAGAUGCUACUUGAUAGAUGCCGAACGUCUCGUGAGAUUGCGAGGCAUCACAAAGCACAAAGCUUCCCGCAGAGCUCGGCUUUUACAUCACGUGUAUACAUGGCUCCGCAUCAUUGGGAAGAAUACGUUUGUUCUGCAUGACCACAAAAACCCUCUAUUGCAGGGCAAGAUCGAAAGAACGUUCCGCAAUAAAACCUCUGCUCCUGUCAUCGGCUCAUGUGAAGCCGGUCAAGACGUCACUGCGUCGCACAAACACUCCCAAUUAGGCGACUUCCUUCGUAUAAAAUCGCAUGGUACAGAUAGCGACGAUGAAGCUGAGGCACAUAAAGACCAUGAGACCUGA